AUGGCGUCAACCAACCCGUCCAUGUCCUCGACGCCCAUGUCGCGGCGGUCGAUCCCGAUCCUGUCGGAAGCCAAGCCGAUGCUCGAGGAGAAGCGGUUCGAGGCCACGUACCGCCACGCGUGGCCCCUCCUUCUUGGCCUUGCGAUGCUCGCCGGUGUCAGCUACGGCUUUGCAGGCCUCGUCCAAACUUACUGCCUCGACGAGCCACUCCACUCGAGCGCAUACGCCGAAGAGAACGUGCUUGGCGAGAGCUGCUUGGCCGUGCACCACGAGAUUCCGUGGCGAGAACUCGAGCGCAAAGUGCGCAAAUGCCACCGGCACGAAUACUACGACCCGAUGCACGACGACUGCCAAACGUGCCCCGCGGCGACGCCCAACGACCGCGUCUUUGCCGUCUUUUGGGAAACCCAAAAGGACUGCGCCAUGCUCGUCAACGACCCGAGCACGCGCUACGUCACGCACGUCUACUGGGCCUUUGCCACGGUCGAUGAAAAGGGCAAUGUCGCGCAGUCCCUCCAGUAUUGGGACGACGCAGCUAUCAUGCACUGCAUGGCCCAGCUUCGCAUGCGCUGCAUCAAGCAACUCGUCAGUAUUGGCGGCGCUGACUCGCGUCACUCGUUCUUCUCGCUCCAAGAGCCGAAAGCCCUUGGUCGUUUCCUCCAGUCGUCCAUCGACGUAGUGAAAAAGUUCGACUUUGAUGGCAUCGACAUGGACGAUGAGACGGGCAACUCCCAUGAGGCCCGCAACGACUGGCUCAAGAACCAAAGCCCGACAGUGCUCAAGUACCUCGCCGGUCUCCGUGACGGUAUGGAGGCGAUUCGAAAACCAACCGAGCCCAAGUACUUGCUAACGUGGGAUGAGUUUCCGACCUCGUACGACCAGCCGGCGCCCGGCUACGCAGGCUGCUCGCAGGUCUACGAGGGCGGGUGGCGGCGCUGCAUUCCCAACGAAAUCAAGGACCUUGUCGACUGGGUCAACAUUAUGUAUUACAACAUGCCGUCCAACGUAUGCACGCUUCUCCUUCGUGCGGCGUGACGCUAAUUGUGUAGGGCGACUACGACGAGAUGAUGAACCACCGCAUCCCCAAGUACUGGGUCCCCGCGAUUGGCGCCGACAAGCUCUUGCUCGGUGCGUGCAGCAGCCUCGGGUGUGUCGAGCCAAUGCCGCCGCCCGGCCAAGCCUACAAGAACGCCUUCAAUGGCUCUGCGCUGUACAAAGGCACGAUGCUGUGGAGUGGCACGAACGACCUUCUCUUCGACAAGGGUCACACGACUGAGGCCAUGGGGCGCGCUGGCAACUAUGGCGUGCGCAUGCCGUACCGGCCGAUUGCCACUUAGAUUAUAGACAUUAUUGUACCGAGUUGACUGCUAUUAAAGCAUAGAGCUAACAUUAUAGACAGUAUUGUCCUCGCGAUCGGUCC